GAAAGAAGACGGAAAAUGGAGGCGGAUGAUGGCCCAGGGGCCUCUCGCCCCUCUCCCAAAACUACGGGGAAAAAUACAGCAGAGCCAGCUCCUCAGCCGCUUCGUCACCUCUCGCCUACACAGAGCCCUACAAGGUCUGUCCCAUCUCGGCGGCGGUCCCCAAAGAGGACCUCACAUUGGAUGAAGAGCAGGGAAGCUCGGAGGAGGACAGUGCUCCAAGAGACCCCAGCCUCACGCACAAGGCAUCAGCGGCAGCCUCGAGGCUCCAGCAGACGGUCGGGGCCCCUGGAGGAGCGGCCCUUCCCGGGGCUGCUGCGGCCCCAGAACCUCAGCCGGAAGGAGCUGGUCGAUGUGCUGAGGGCAGCCGUGGUGGACCGGAAAGGACCUCUAGUGACGUUGAACAAGCCACAGGGUCUGCCAGUGACAGGAAAACCAGGGGAGCUGACGCUGCUCUCAGUGCUGCCAGAGCUGAGCCAGUCCCUGGGGCUCGCGGAGCAGGAGCUCCAGGUGGUCCGAGCGGCUGGGAAGGAGACCUCUGGGCUUGUACUCCUCUCCAGUUGUCCCCAGACAGCAAGCCGUCUCCAGAAGUUCUUCCUCCAUGCACGGAGAGCCCAGAGACCCACAGCCACCUAUUGUGCUGUCACUGAGGGGGUCCCGGCUACUUCUGAGGGGAAGAUCCAAGCAGCUCUGAAACUGGAACACGUUGAUGGCGUCGAUCUUGUAGUUCCAGUGAAAUCUCCAUCCCGAAAGGACAUCCUGGAGGGUGUCAAGAGGACCCUCAGCCACUUCCGUGUGGUGGCCACAGGCUCCGGCUGUGCCCUGGUCCAGCUGCAGCCACUGACAGUGUUCUCCAGUCAGCUGCAGGUGCACAUGGUACUGGAGCUCUGCCCUGUUCUUGGGGACCACACAUACUCUGCCCGCGUGGGCAGUGUGCUGGGCCAGCGCUUUCUGCUGCCAGCUGACAGCACCAAGACCCAAAGACAGGUCCUUGACGAAGCCCUCCUCAGACGUCUCUGCCUGAGCCCCUCCCAGGCUGCCGAGCUGCCCUUGCACCUCCACCUGCAUCGUCUCCACCUCCCCGGUGCCAGGCCCAGGGACGCCCCCAUCGAGCUUCUGGCACCCCUGCCCCCUUAUUUCUGCAGGACCCUGCAGUGCCUGGGACUUCGGCAGCAGUAGUCCUUCUGUUCUUGCCCUUCCUUCUUAUCCCACUGGAGAGCAGUGGGGGCCUGGGGAGGAUGGGCCUGUGGUCAGGCCUGAGGAGAUGGAGGUCAGUGCUCCACAUGCAGUAAGACCGUGGCUUAAGAUCCUGGGCUGUGUAGUCAGACAAAUCUAAGAUCAGGUCCUGGCUAGGCCACCUGCUGCGUGGCAUUGGACAAAUGACUUCACCUUUCUGGACUUGAGAUGAUUGGAGUAACUACCUCGUAGUAUGGUUUUGAGGGUGUACUGAGAGGGUCCAUGUUUAUCAGGGACCGUGCUUUCUGCUGAGUUCAAUGUGUGGGUGUUUUUAUUUGGCUGUUUCUGUCCCUAUUCUAACUGGGAGGAAACGUUAGAGGUUUUUUUUUUUAUUUAUUUAUGGUAAAAUACACCUAACAAAACUUACUAUCUUAA